AGAAUCCAAACCCUUCCUUUCCCCUUCGUGGAAACCCCGUAGCACGAACCAGCGCCGUCCAUAACAACCAUAAUCCAAGAUGGCGGGUGCCGACGGAGAUGAUUCUCUAUAUCCCAUUGCGGUUCUUAUUGACGAAUUACGGAAUGAAGACGUUCAGUUGCGGCUGAACAGCAUUAAGAAGCUCUCCACCAUCGCCUUGGCCUUGGGUGUUGAGAGGACACGCACCGAACUUCUCCCUUUCCUCACAGAUACUAUCUACGAUGAGGAUGAAGUGCUCCUUGCCCUCGCUGAGCAGCUGGGCAACUUCACCAUGCUGGUCGGAGGCCCUGAAUAUGUGCAUUGUCUCCUUCCACCUUUGGAGAGUCUGGCCACGGUGGAGGAGACCGUGGUGCGGGACAAAGCUGUGGAAUCAUUGCGGAAGAUCUCCCACGAGCACUCGCCUGUGGACCUGGAGGUGCACUUCGAGCCCCUGGUGAAACGCCUGGCAAGCGGCGACUGGUUCACCUCACGCACUUCAGCCUGCGGACUCUUCAGCGUCUGCUACCCACGGGUCUCCAGCACUGUCAAAGCCGAGAUUCGCCAGCACUUUCGUAACCUUUGCUCUGAUGAUACGCCGAUGGUCCGUCGCGCCGCUGCGUCUAAGCUGGGCGAGUUCGCAAAAGUGUUGGAGUUGGAUUACGUCAAGAGCGACAUCAUCUCUCUGUUCACUGCGCUGGCUUCUGACGAGCAGGACUCUGUGCGUCUCCUGGCUGUGGAGGCGUGUGUGAGCAUCGCCACACUGUUGCCCCAGGAGGACCUGGAAGCUCUGGUCAUGCCCACACUGCGCCAGGCGGCCGAGGACAAGUCCUGGAGGGUGCGCUAUAUGGUAGCGGACAAGUUCGCUGAGUUACAAAAGGCAGUAGGUCCAGAAAUCACAAAGAACGACCUUGUGCCAGCCUUCCAGAAUCUUCUCAAAGACUGUGAAGCUGAAGUUCGAGCUGCUGCUGCCAAUAAGGUCAAAGAAUUCUGUGAGAAUCUCCCGGAGGACAGUCGAGAGACCAUCAUCAUGAAUCAUAUUCUUCCCUGCGUCAAGGAACUGGUUUCAGACACAAAUCAGCACGUCAAAUCAGCCCUGGCCUCCGUGAUCAUGGGCUUGUCGACCAUUCUGGGAAAGGACAACACCAUCGAGCACCUGCUUCCUCUCUUUUUGGCUCAGCUCAAAGAUGAGUGUCCAGAGGUGCGUCUGAACAUAAUCUCUAAUUUGGACUGCGUGAAUGAGGUCAUUGGGAUCCGACAGCUCUCCCAGUCUCUCCUUCCCGCUAUUGUAGAGCUAGCAGAAGACGCCAAGUGGAGGGUGCGGCUGGCCAUCAUUGAAUACAUGCCACUCCUGGCCGGCCAGCUGGGUGUGGAGUUCUUCGACGAGAAACUGAAUUCCCUGUGCAUGGCGUGGCUUGUCGACCAUGUAUACGCCAUCCGAGAGGCAGCCACCUGCAACCUGACGAAGCUGGUGGAGAAGUUUGGUGCCGAGUGGGCUCAGAACACAAUCGUACCCAAAGUGCUGGGAAUGGCCAAUGACCCCAACUACCUGCAUCGCAUGACCACACUCUUCUGCAUCAACGCUCUGUCGGAGGCGUGCGGCCAGGAGAUCACCACCAAGCACAUGCUCCCCGUCGUCCUGAAAAUGUCUAACGAUCAGGUGGCUAACGUGCGCUUCAACGUGGCCAAGUCUCUGCAGAAGAUCGGCCCUGUUCUCGACAGCAACUCUCUGCAGACCGAGGUAAAGCCUGUGCUCGAGAAAUUGGCUGCAGACCAAGAUAUCGACGUCAAAUACUUUGCCCAAGAGGCCAUAAGUGUUCUUGCCCUGGCCUAACGGAGAUCCUGCUGAACUCCCCACUCUCAAGCUGACCUCCACCUUCAUCACCAUCGUCCUCCAGGAUCACGCAUUGGACUGUUAAAAGAUUGGAGGCGUGUUCUGUUUGUCUCUGGUGCAGAAGCGCGGGAGAGGAAGCGCCACUUUUUCGCAGUAUUUUGGAACGAGUGUCUGUCUCCCCCUUUCUCUCUCAGCCUUCGAAUGAUCCUGAAACAUCUCAUUCUCUCACCCUUCAUUCUAAUUACAGCAAGGAAGGGAGGGGGUAGGAGGUUGGAUGUACAAAUCACACUUACACGUUACAGUAUCUUCACACAAUACCUUUUAAUUAGCUUGCAUUUCUUCAUGUGCUAAUCUCCCCUCACUGGCAGCACUUUUACAUGUUGUCCUACUAAAUGAACUGUUGUGACAAAUAUUUACCAGAUCGUGUAGCUGGUUGUCUUUUGGAGGAACUUAUGAUGAUGACAAAUGACCUAGAAAAAUCCCAGUUAUAACUCUAUACCCUGUAGUUUCCGUGUGCAUGCAUACGGAGCUUGCACGGCUUGCUUUGAGUCUCACCCCCUCCCCCGUGCAUGUCGGUGUCUGGACUGACAGAACUGGUGUUAGCAUUUAGCAUCGGUGUGUCACUUAGCUACGAAUCAUUUUCAAGCUCUGGUUCCUCAAAGCGUUGGCUGAAUUGUUUCCAUACCACACCACGUGCUAUCCAACUCUGCCAGAACCUUUAGAAGGGUUUAUUGCUUCUCCUUUUAAAAAAAAGGGACCAUUAUAGAUAUUUUCUUGUUGUAUCAGUAAUCCCGAGGACAUUUCUUCCCAAUGUAUGAAUCAGAACGUUCUGUUCUAUCAGACGCCUCCCCCUCGUGCGUUUAUAUUAAACCGAUCUGCGUAAUACUUUGAUCCUUUAUUCCUAAGCUUCCGCAUGAACCCUCCUUGCUCAUAGGUGAAAUCUGCAGCAAAAUGGAGAGCUUCAUUAGCAACAGGAUAAAUGUAACGGGUCGAAUCCACUUUCAAGCUACACGCUCCCUAUGCGAUGUGGUCGCUUUGCCAAUGAAACGCUGAAAAAAUUUUACGCUCCGCAGUCUUCUUUUCGUCGCCGUGAUCGUCGUCAGGAUGUGCUUUCCGGUUUUAUAUGAACAUGAACUCAUGCUGCCCCUCUAAAGGCAUACAGAAUCAAUAAAAAAUCAGACACAAA